CGAUCUUGUAGCGGACCAUUAAGGGUUUGAAGAGUUCUAGACGUGGCAGAUAAAUCGGGUUUUGUGCCCCUUCGUACCAUCUUGAGCCUUCCACCUUUCCCAUUAAUGUGAGCAGACAUAGCAGUCAUCAUCACGGAGUAUGUCAUCCGCGUGGCAAAAAUAUUGCGAAUGGAUUUCAUCAAGGUCCUUUUCAACGAAGAUUGAAGACUUUUCAGCUAUGAAUUCUUUCCAUUUCAGACAUUUUAAACAAUUUGAAGAGACUGCUCCUUCAAAUUUGUUAAGCCUCUCACCAAACAUACGCAGUGGUUCGUCACGCAAUGUAAGUCACACAAUGAUCGGUCACGCUCAAAUAUAGAGCUUUUUAUUUGUCAAAAGUGUUGGAAGGAAGCUAAUAUUCCGACAUGCACAGACUACAUGCACUGCAACCAUGGCAUACAAACAAAUCUGUGAAAUCUCCAUCUUUCGUUCGAGGAAUAACGGACUCUAAGAAAGUUACAAUCGGUCAUCACAUAAAUGACGUACAAGUCAGGACCUUGGCCGAAGAGGUCUGGGUUCUUCAGUCACGCGAAAAGUCGCGCUCAUAUUUCUCCUCUUCGUUCUCUCCUGUUGUUUUUCUUCAGUGUUUUAUGUUGCGAAGCUUGGUCGGGAUUCGUUCUGUUCUAAUCAACAGUUGUAUUCUAAGACGAUCUAAGCACACCAUGCGUCUUGUUCAGUUCGUUGAAUCUGGAAGGCAGCGAGUUGGGGUCGAGAUAAAAGAUGGCGGCGACGUGGUUGAUGUUAGUGCUGGUGAGCCCUCCAUUCCCAGUGAUAUGAAGUCAUUCCUGGCUGGGGGAGAGGACAUGAUGAGCAAAGCGCAGAGGAUUGUAGAUAGUGGUCAGCAUGUAUUGAAGAGGUCGGAUGUUCAGCUGAAAGCUCCAAUUCACAAUCCUGAAAAACUCAUUUGUAUUGGAAUGAACUAUGUCGACCACUGUCUGGAGCAGAAUGUUCCUUUACCUACAGAACCUAUCCUAUUUAGCAAGUUCAAUAAUGCCAUCACAGACCCAGGAGCACCAAUUAUUUACCCUGAUGAGACACAGGAACUAGACUUUGAAGUGGAACUUGCUUUUGUUAUUGGGAAAACUGGAAAAAAGAUCAAGGAGAGUGAAGCCAUGGACUAUGUCGCAGGCUACACCGUGGUACAUGAUGUUAGUGCUCGGGACUGGCAGCUAAAGAAGAAUAGCGGACAGUGGUUAAUUGGAAAGACAUUUGACUCGUUUUGUCCAAUUGGUCCAGCUAUUGUUACUAAGGAUUCUUUAUCAGAUCCUCAUAAGCUGGGAAUCCGAUGUCGCGUUAAUGGAAACAUUAUGCAAGAUUCAAAUACGGAGAAUUUGGUAUUCAAGACUGAGAAACUAAUUUCAUUUAUAUCCAGGUUUGUUACGCUAACUCCCGGUGAUGUAUUCAUAACAGGAACCCCACCUGGUGUUGGUUGUUUUAGGAAGCCUCCUGUUUACCUCAAGAGGGGUGACACAGUGGAAUGCGAAAUUGAUGAAAUAGGAUGUAUCUCAAACACAGUUCAAUAAAGGCAUCGACUUUAAAACAUCCCGGAAUAUCUGGUGAAAUCCAUCAAAUCUCCACAAACAUUCCUGAUACAGGAUCAUACACUGAAGAAAUUAACUUUCAAUGACAACGAAAUGAAACAUCAGUAACUAGAACUCAGACUUUUUGAAAUUUAAACAGACAUUUUUUUCAUAAUUUAAAAAUAUAUAAAAAAAGAAAUCUCAAAAUCAAUUGUAUUUCAGAGUAAUAUUAUUUUAGGAGACCGAGGGCCAGUAUACACAUAGACAUUCUUUCAUUUAUGACGGCGUUUGUCUUUAUAAAAGACUCUAUGUUGUCCCGUGAGAGAAUUCAAAAACCACAACACAACAGAAGCAGAGUUCCUUGUCUCGUUACUGGCUUAGGGUAGUAGCUGAGAGCUACCACUAGUAUACUACAAGGCUAAUAAAUUGUGAAAAUAGGUAUGCUUACUUUUGGCUAUUAAACGGUUUUCAUCAAACGAAA